AUGGCUGAAUCUUUAUCUGGGAGUGAGGACUCUCAGUGCUGCACGUUUACACUGAUUACCUUCUUGAGAUCACCUCGUUAUAAAAGCCCGUGCAGGUGGCCGUGGAUCUGCCUGAGAAGGCACCUGCCGCGUUACACAGGGAUCCUGGAUGACAUCCACUCGGAAUAUGGCAUCUCAGGAAAAAUAGUCAGAACAACAACAACUGAUAGUGGAUCAAAUUUAAUUAAAGCAUUUAAGGUGUAUGGUGAACAGAGUCAGCAAGAGUUGACUGGUGCUGACUCUGCUGAGGCAGUGACACUGGAGAGUGAGGAAGAUGCAGAAGGAGUUGAGGUUCAGGACACCUGUUCUAUUUUAAACACUAACAGUGGGUUGGAGUAUCAUCUACCCGAGCAUCAGCGUUGCGCGUGUCAUCAUCUUAAUUUGGUGGCUACUGUGGAUGCUUCCAAGGCAGAGGACAGCAGUGAGGUAUAUAAGAAGCUUCCCCGUUCAACGUUUGCAAAAUGCCAGGCAUUAUACAAUAAAACCAGCCGGUCUGCCAUCAAUGCUGAGAUUGUCCAAGAAGAAUGUAAGCUGCAGUUCAUUCAGCCCAACCACACAAGAUGGAAUUCGGUGUACAGUGCUGCAGAGAGGGUAAUGCGGAUCCUAAAGGAGCAGGGAGAAGCAUCCCUUCAGAAUCCUGUAUCCAUGGCCUUGAACAUCCUUGAGUCUGAAACCAACACUCAGAUGGGGUGGCUGCUUCCCACCAUCUACCUUCUUGAAUCCAAGUUCAGAAAGAUGGAGAAGAUGGAGGCUUCAGUCAAGGUAUGUCUUCCCCUUAUUCGUGCUCUGCAGCAGGCUCUACAAAAGCGCUUUGGGGAGUUUAUGGAAGAUCCGGAGCUCGUCAGUGCUGCAAUUCUUCUUCCAAAAUUCAAAACGUCAUGGACAGACAAGGCCCACAUCAUAAAAGCAGGUAAGAUGUUCCUAAUAUUUUGUCAGGAGUCAUGGGUACAUUUUGCUUAUCCCACUUGUAACUGGUCCACUACUGUGUAUGGGUUUGUGUGGAGUUAAGCUAUUGGUUCAAUAUUUAUUUACUGGCCUACUGUAGCACAGUCAGACUGUGAAACAGUGUUAGAAAAGACAAGGGUAUUGAGGGGUUAUAGGGGAGUAAAUGCAGCAGGGCUUAUGUAGCAAGUGAACGGUUUUAUUUAAUUUCUAAACUAUCCAUGAAAACCCCAAUAGUUGGUCCAUAACACACUAGUAAACAUGCCAUAGUUUGUCUAUCAGCAUUAUCCACAAUUAUUAUUAAUGUUUGUGUGUAUGGUAGGUAUGGAUUACAUCCUGCAUUAUCUUGAUGCCAUUAAGGGCACCCAGCAAAACGAAUCACAACGUGAUGCCUCUGACGAGGAUGACUUCUUUUCUUCCAUUAAGACUGUUCCAUCCCCAACUGCAUCUGAAUUGGAUGGAUACUUGGCUUGUGCCUCAGAAGAGAUGGGACUGCUUCACUUGUUUCCUUUGGUGAAAAAGCUAAGCCUCAAACUGAACACACCCUUGCCUGCCUCUGCAGCAUGUGAGUGCCUUUUUAGUUGUGCUGGGCAGCUGUUUACUCCUAAACGAGCAAGGCUGGACAGUACAAAUUUUGAGAAUCAGCUCAUUGUAAAACUGAACAACAAAUUCAGAAUAUAGGCUCGUUGUUGACCCCUGCACUAAAAUCGCUGCAAGCCUGCGUUCAUGUUCAGAGACUUGUCAGUUAAUGCAUGCUCUAUUCACUUCAGUGUAAUUUUCUAAUUUGUGCUACAGGCUCAUCUUUUUAUGUUAAAUUGUUAAUGUACAAUGCUUUGCAACCUUUUAUUAACCUGCAAGAAGACCUCUACAGAAUGCUUGUCAUAAAUGUUACCUGAUUAUUGUGAUUAUUAUUAUGUGUUACAAAUAUUACAUGCCUGGAUUUUCAGUGCUAGCAGUCAGAACAGGGUUCCCACAGGUCCUUGAAAGUUUGUGAAUCUGAAAAAAAAAAUUUCAAGGCCCUGGAAAGUUUUUGAAAAUAAACAUACAUAGAUACAGAAGAAGAUUACAAAGAAUGGCUUGCCAGAGAUCCAAAGGACCAUCACUUGGCCAGGUGCAGAGCCUGUUGUAAAUCUCUCAAAGUGCAUAGGAUGGGAGAAGCGGCUCUUUCAAGUCAUGCAGCUGGAUCUACACACAAGACGGCACUGCGGAAAUCGGAAGCAGCACCCACUUUAGUCAACUUUGUGGAAAGGUUGGUGACAUCAACUCCUACACCAUGUAGACCUGCAACGGCUACCACCAUUGCCACAUCCUCCAAACAGUCAAUAAUCACAGAGAGGACACAUUAAAAGCUCAGGUCCUGUGGUGUUUGAACAUGAUGGAGUCUCACUACUCUUUCAAUUCCAGUGAAGGGACAGGUGUGCUAUUUUCUGCAAUUUUUUCCGACAGUGCAGUUGCGAAGACUUUUGCCUGUGGAGCAACAAAGUCCACGUACAUUUGCACGCAUGGUUUGGCUCCGCAUUUCAAACACUUGUUGUGCAAAAAACUCUCUUCUAAUAGGGAGGACUAUGAUGUUUUCAGUGCUUACACCAAACCCAAAUAUGUUCAGUCAAUGACUGUAUCUUGUGUUCAAUAAACAAAACAUUUGUGAUAAUCUGUUGCCCAAAUAUUUUAUUUAAUGUAAUGUUGAAUUGUUUUGCUUGUUAAGAUAAUGUAAACCCAUGAGGCGAGAAAAACUUAAAAGCAUAUUCAUAUGUCUUAAAACUUCUGGUUACAUGAUCCUAAGCUCCUUUCAAUAAAAUCCAUGCAAAAGUUAAUAUCAGAAUUUUUAGAAUACAAUAUAGGAUAUACCGAACAUUCUUCAGUUUUAUGCAAAACAGAAAUACGACAAAUAGAA